GUUUCCCUUGUCGGCCCGCAAUAAUCAAGUGGAGGAAUAAAUAACAAUUGAUAGGAGAUCAAGAGGUAAAUAUUAAAUAGGCCCCCUGGUCUCCUCUUCUUCUUGACUUUGUGAGAUCGUCAUCCGGUUGGUGUGCUCGCCCGUACGUAUACUUAUAAUAUCUAUUUAUCUGCUUCCUCUGCUCUCUCUCUCUCUCCCUUCAUCUUUCCGGUCGCGCCGCGAAUACGGACCUCCUCUUCUUGCCUGUCAUUCUGCUGGGCUAACACAGAGAGAUACUUAGGAGCUCCAAUCAUCAUGUCGAAGGCUCAAUCCUUGAGCGCUCAAUGCGAAGAUAUCCUUGCAUCUAUCAAGGAAUUCGAGAAAACAGACCAGACGGACCGCGCACAACGGUUGAGGCUGGUGCAGUCUCUCAACAAGCUCACGCAUCGCUUGAAGGAUCCUAAGGAGGCUAUAUUCGAUCAUUUCACCAACUUCGUUGAAACAUGCAAUCUGCGUGGUCUCUUGGAGCUUCGUGUGCCGGAAAACAUUCCUCGAGAGGGAAGCAUCUCCGCAAAGGAGCUAGCAGCCAAAGUCAAGGCCGAUGAAGCACUCAUUGUACGUCUAAUGCGCAUUACCACUGUAACGGGAAUAUUCGACAUGGUCGGUCCGGAUGAAUACGCGCAUACUCCUUUCUCCCUGGCAUACCUGGACGGGCACGAAGUGGACUUCUUCAAGCUCAUGUGCGAUGAGAUUUUGGUGAAUACAUCCAGACUCCCGGAGUAUUUCAGAGAGGUCGGUGGCAAGGAUACGACAAGCAUGACGAGCAAUCCCUUUACAUGGGGUAACGGGCAAGAUGGCAAGACGUUUUUCGAGAUUAUUUCCCAGGAUCCAAGGCGCAUCAAGCAGUUUGAUGUUGCCAUGUCGACUCAGGAUUUCGUCCUUCCCGUCCUGGGCAUGUAUCCUUUCGGUACAGAGCUGGCCAAUGUGCCCGACAGGGAGACACGACCGUUGAUUGUGGAUAUUGGUGGUGGCAGAGGGCAGUCAUUGUUGCAGAUCAAAAAUGAAUGGCCGGAGUUGCAAGGAAAAUUCAUCAUCCAGGACCGCCCACUAGUUUUGGACUCUUACCCGGAACUUCCAGGCAUCGAGAAGAUGGCACAUGACUUUUUCACUCCACAGCCGGUUAAACAUGCUCAUGCUUACUAUAUCCGCCGCUGCUUUCACAACUGGACGGACGCUCAUUGCCUGAACAUCCUCCAGCAGAUAGUCCCUGCCAUGGCGCCUGAUUCACGAGUCCUGAUAGGAGAAAUGGUGGUCCCCGAGUACGGAAGUGAACGACCAGGCGGAGUGGAGGAUAUGGCCCCGUACUGGAUGGAUCAUGCCAUGUUCACCUUUGGAGGCCGAGAGCGAACCGAGACGGAUUGGAAGAAGAUGUUCGCAAGCGCUGGGUUGAAGCUGGUGAAGAUCUGGCGUAGCCAGGCAGGAAGCCAGACAAUUCUUGAGGCUAGACUGGUGGCAUGAUCUUGGUGGCCAGUGCAGGACUGCCUAAUGACUGUAUGAUCUUAGAAUGUGUCAAUAUACGAUUUGUGACCUUUGCCCCUUUCCGUCCACUCGGCGAGGAUAUCGCAUGUACCUCACGAGAUCUCAAGAUGACCAAAUUGGCGACGUCGAAUGGGGCGUGAGCCUGUGCAAAUCCCUAUGAUAGACGAUCAGAUGAGGCUUGCUUGCGGCUGAGGCUCGCCAUGACCGCUAGCUGAAACUAUAUCACGCCUUCCCUUCUGCUCUGGUUCCCUUCCCGAGGUAUCCUCCUAUACUCGGUUCUCGAUGAGACCUCAAAAGUCCUAAGCGCCAUGUCAGCAUUGUUGUCCAUGUUAUUAACCAAAAUAAUUGCUCUGCUCUGGGAGCUAUU